CCGGUGGCGAUGGCGUCGUUCACGGUUAAGGCCUACCUGCUGGGCAAGGAGGAUUCGGUGCGCGAGAUUCGCCGCUUCAGCUUCAGCGUGGGCGCCGAGGCCGAAGCCGAGGCCGAAGCGGCGGGGGCCCGGCCCUGCGAGCGGCUGCUGGCCCGGAUAGCCGCGCUCUUCCCCGCGCUCCGGCCCGGCGGCUUCCAGGCGCACUACCGCGAUGAGGACGGGGACUUGGUGGCCUUCUCCAGCGAAGAGGAGUUGAACAUGGCUUUGACCUACGUGAAAGAUGGCCUCUUCCGUGUUUACAUCAAAGAGAGGAAGGAAUGCCGACGGGAACACCGCCCUCCCUGUGCUCAGGAUGGUGCACCCCGCAACUUGGUGCACCCCAAUGUGAUCUGUGAUGGCUGCAAUGGUCCGGUAGUGGGGACCCGGUUCAAAUGUAGCGUUUGCCCAGACUACGACCUGUGUGCCGCCUGUGAGGGGAAGGGCCUGCACCAGGAGCAUGCCAAGCUGACCUUCCCAGGUUUUGUGGGGCACCUCUCAGAGGGCUUCGCACAUAGCCGUUGGCUCCGAAAGCUGAAGCAUGGCCAUUUUGGGUGGCCCAGCUGGGAGAUGGGGCCCCCUGGCAACUGGAGCCCACGACCCCCUCGAGCAGGAGAUACGCGGGCUAGUCCUUCAGCAGCAGCACCAACUGAAGAUGCAGCCAGCGUGGGCCCCUCAGAGGACCCAGGCAUGAACUUCCUCAAGAAUGUUGGGGAGAGUGUUGCUGCCGCCCUUAGUCCUCUGGGCAUCGAAGUGGAUAUUGACAUGGAGCACGGUGGGAAGAGGAGCCGCCUGACUCGCGGAAGCUUCAGCGUUGACAAGGCGGACCCACCAGCCUGCAGUGACUCCCCUAAUGCUGGCCAGCCCAGCGGGGACAACAAUGGGAGUGCCACGGUGUCCCUGGUGGAACAGAUGAACAAGAUUGUCCUGGAAUCAGGACUGCCUUCUGAGGUUCAGGUGGAGUCGGACACAGGCUCGGGAGGCGACGAUGACUGGACACAUCUGUCAUCCAAGGAGGUGGACCCUUCCACAGGUGAGCUCCAGUCUCUGCAGAUGCCCGACUCGGCGGGCCCCAGCUCUCUGGACCCUUCCCAGGAGGGCCCCACGGGCCUGAAGGAGGCAGCAGUGUACCCACAUCUGCCACCAGAAGCUGACCCGAGGCUGAUAGAGUCACUGUCACAGAUGCUAUCCAUGGGCUUCUCUGACGAGGGUGGUUGGCUGACCCGCCUCCUGCAGACCAAGAAUGGUGACAUCGGGGCUGCACUGGAUGCCAUCCAGUACUCCAAGCACCCGGGGCCUUUGUGAGGCCCCAGCCAGUCUGGGGUGCCCUCUGCUGGCCAGCCUCUGCCAGAAGGGACACUCCUCCUUAGAAGGAAGGUUCAUAUACCCCCCUGACCCCUUCCAGUGACCCCCACCAAUACCCCUAGCAGCGAAGACCUGCUCACCAACUGCUUGGCCUUUGCUUCUUCUAUGCUUUCCCAUAAGCUGUAGGCCUGAGGCUGGCCAAGGCAGGCAGAACCCAUAAUGGGGUUCAGUGCUGCUCAUUUCAUCAACAUUACAGUGGUGGGCUUUGACAGCAAGAACCCCUUGGCCUUCUCUCUUGUCAGUUUAUGAAACAUUAAAGAUCACUUUAACC